AUGUCGUCCCGCGGGGUUUACGGUCCCGGUACUUUCACCGACGAUAAAUUCACUCCGGUUCCACUGGAGUGCAAGAGAAUCCUGAAGCUCCUUGUCAAGGCCACCCCCGGUUUCACUCAGGAUGUCGCGGUGCUGGACUCGGUCUCGUUUGUGGGAGGUGACUACCCAAUCAUCCCUGGCCCAAUCAAGUCGCAGGCCGUCACCGCCGUGAUUCACGCCAUGGCCGGUAUCGUGGGCCAGGAGAUCCUCGAGCUACGGGGCCAGAAAAGAUCAGCGUUGACCAUCAACACCGAUCAGGCUGGUCUCUAUCUCGCAUCGCCCGUGACCUUUUCAGUGGACGGCCGCGAUGCAGUCCAACUCAUAGAGAGCGGCCAGUUGGAUAAAUUGGCCCCUGAUACCAUGAACGGUGCUGUCGAAGGGCCCCUUAAGUAUCGAGCGAUGGCAAUAUACCCCACUAAGAACCCGGGCGAAUGGUAUCAAUGGCACGGGUCGAACGACCCCAACCCUGGACUGCGACUUUUGGGCAUUGACCCGGAUGCACGCCUGCCGUCGAAUGAUGCGGCGUAUGAAUUGAUCAAAUCGCGGGUCAGCCAGUACUCAGCCAAGGAGCUCGACAUGAUGAUGACAGAGCACGGCCUGUGCGGCUGCACCUGCUACACCCCGGAGGCGUGGCGGCAGACCAGCAUGGCGAAGGUUCUCGCCCGCCAUCCUCUCAUCAACUACAAGAGGAAGCUUGAGACGCCCGACCUACCCCCGUCCCCUUUCCAUGGUCGAGCUGGCCCGCAUUAUCGCGGCGCCUGCUCUGGGGCAGGCUUUGGCCGCGUUGGGUGCGGAGGUCAUCCGCGUCCAGAAGAAGAGCUUGGCGGAUCUGACUUUGCUGCAGUUUACCUUGACUGCUGGAAAGAAAACAUUCGACUUGGACUUGGACAACGAGGAUGGCAAGGCGACGCUGCGAGAGCUGCUGAAGGAUGCCGACGUGGUGAUUCAGGGAUACCGGAUUCGCUCCUUGGAGCGGAGAGGAUUCGGGCUAGACGACCUCCUGGCCAUGGCCAACGCGCGAGGACGGGGAUCGUUUAUCUGGACGAGAACUGUUUCGGGCCUGACGGAUGCUGGGCGGAGCGGCCGGGCUGGCAGCAGAUUGCCGAUGCUGCUGCGGGCAGCACAUAUGUCAUGGGACGCGCCUACGGCUACACGAAUGGGGAGUGCGUGCUCCCAUCUCUGCCCAUCUCGGAUAUGUCGACCGGGGCUGUAAGCCUCGUAGCCGUCCUGAUGGCACUCCGCGAUAGAGCCAAAUUCGGUGGCUCUUAUUAUGGCGCAGCAGCAUUGACGGCAUACAAUACUUUCACGCUGCAGGAGGAGGUUGGAUUGUACCAGCCCGAUGUCGUGGCCAAGAUUCAGGAGAUGUGGUCCUUCCCCAAAAUGACCCCGGAGCAUCACGUUUAUGAUCUUCUGUUCAUGCUUUGGAAGGCCUGGGUAAAGAAAGGAGGCCUGGUCGACAGCGAGGAUUUUUACGCCCAUUUCCGCGAUACCGCAUUUGGGCGCAAUAUGAAGAUCUUGGCUCCUAUCAUUCAAUAUGCGAACGAUGAAGUCAAUCCGCGUUGGAUCACGCCGCCGCAGCCAUACUGUUACAACACCGGCGCGAUUGCAUUUGCUAACGCUUCUGGAUGA